CUAAACCUACAUUGGUAGUAUCUUUCGAUUUCUGUGUGCGCAGUGUAUGAUAAUUGGUGACAUGUGUUGUUGAGUUUUGUGUUCCCAAGUGAUAAUACAAAAAUGCCGCGGCCCAGUAGAGAAAGCUAUGGCGACCAGAAGCCCCCGUAUUCAUACAUAUCGUUAACAGCGAUGGCUAUCUGGAAUUCACCAGAGAAGAUGCUGCCCCUGUCCGAAAUCUAUAAAUUUAUUACGGAUAGAUUUCCUUACUACAGAAAAAACACUCAGAGGUGGCAAAACUCGCUACGGCACAAUUUGUCUUUCAAUGAUUGUUUCAUUAAAAUUCCUCGACAACCGGAUAGGCCUGGGAAAGGAGCUUAUUGGGCACUACAUCCAGCUGCUUUCGAUAUGUUUGUUAACGGAAGCCUACUACGCAGACGAAAGCGCUUUAAACUGUUGAAAAGCGAUAAGGAAAUUCUGGAAAACGAACUUGCUGCACUAACAAAUAUCAAUAGAUUAUUCUUUACGCCACCUACUAAUCCUGCAGAUAUCAUAAAUCCUGCAGCUGCACUAGUUCAACCAAUGGUACCAACAUUAGUAGAACCACCGUCUCCAACAUUAACUAAAACACCACCCGAGCAAACAACUAUUAUUCGCCCAAAAAGGUCGUUUACAAUAGAAUCAUUGAUAUCGCCAGAUAAACCGGCUCCAGUAGUUCCCAGCACGACGCAUCAUUUAAUUCCUCAUAUGCAUCCGUGGAUGUUAAGUUCUUGCUACGAUUUAAGUGCUUAUGCGGCUCCUAUGUUACUUCAAGGGGCUCCACCGCACACUUUUGACUAUGGACUCACCAGCAACAGUGAGGAAUUAUUUAGGGUCUCGCAAUUAUAGCUAUAGACUUGUUAAAAAGUAUUAUCCUGUAUUAAGAGUUAUCCUGCAGAACACAAGAGAAUGGUUCUUUAGUUAGACCUCAAAAUAGAGGACCGGGGCUCAUUUGGAAAGGGCUAGUGAUGCCAACUAUAGAUUAGAAACUGCACCUUUGAAGGCCGAAAGGUUCGUAACUUUUUCUGAUUGAGAUUACUUGAAUUGUUGAUAAUGCUAAUACUGCAAGUUCUCGAAUAGAUCACAACCAUCAAACAGGUCAGUGAAUAAUAUAUAGAUAGAUAUAAGUCUACCAUCAUUUGAAAACUUGGAACAAUUAAUUCAUUGACUAGUAUAUUUCAAUAAAUUUAUUUUGUUUGGCGCUAAUAAUAAUAACUUUCUACACACAAAACUCCUGUGAACGACUUAGAAUAUUUAGACACAAACAAUUCUUAGCUAAUUCGUAUUUCUAGUUUGCUCAACCCAUCAAUCUCAAUUAGUAAUUAAUGGGACUUUUUAUGUUAUUUACCGCAAUACGUCGCUGAAACGAGUACAAAUGUUUUAGUAUGCAACUCGGCUGUUUUGUUAUUUUCCAGCACUUGUUAGAAGUCGAAAAGACAUCACUAGAAAUUGAGUUUUUGUUUAUAUAAUAUUCCAAUAUUUUAUCAACCAUGUCUAUUAACAAUUUGACAAACUUUAACAAGUAGAAGUAGAGAUUUAGGCAUCUUGUAGCGGCUACAUUGAAUUCCACUACCAAUAGCAACUGAAGCUGAUUGUUAACAGUACAAAUCCUUUCAAACUACAACUGAUUUGAGCUGCAACUGUGAUCAUAAAUUGUUCAGCACUUAAUCUAAGGACGUUUUCCACUUAACUUCAAGAAACAAUGGGCUUGUCAAGCAAUAAGCAAAAUGUACGUUAAUAUUAAAACACUUGAUAUUUAUACUAUCUAUAAAGAUAAAAUUAAAUUCACAUUUGAUAAUUUCCACUGUGUCUAAGUUAUGAAAGACCUGUAUGAAAAUAUAGAAGCGGAAAUAACUGAAAUUGUACGAAGUUGAUUAAACAGGCAGAAUUUCGGGCAUUUAAUAGUGUAAGCUAUUGGCGCUUAAAAGCAUCUGAAACAGUUUUCGCUUGUGUCUCUUUUGGAAAACCGCCGCAAAAAUUAUGACAAUGAUCUGUUUUUGCUAUAUCUUACUAUUUGUUAUCAACAAUAAUCACCCACUUUGUUUUUUUUGUCACUAAAGGUACCAGCUGCUUUCAUAAUUAACAAUGUAUAAUAUAUUAAUAUUUAAAUAGGUUUUCACCGGUUUUUUUAAUGAAUAAAUCGAAAAUUGUAUGCAAAUAUUUAUGGUGUUGCCGUCAAUUAAAUUGAUGAGAAAUGUAUUCUCUAUCGAACCUGUUCUGGGUUUUGUUCUAUUUUGAAAUAUAUUAUUAAUUGAUUCUCUGAUCGGUAAUCGGUAUAAAUUGUUAAAAUUGCACUAAAUAUUAAUGUAUACAUUUUCAAGUUAAUUUGCAUACCUAGAUAUCUUACACUGGAAGAACUACCCUGCAAGCACAAAAACAAGUUCUACAAACACAUUAAUUUAAAUCGCCAUUUUUUAUCAAAGUGUUACAAACCCACAUUACUGAGAUUAGAAUUAAAAGGGCUGUAAGCAAAGAAAGUCAGCUUCAAGAUAAGAAAGUUGAUUAUGGCUUCUUGAAAAUGAAACUUCAAUGUGAAAUACUCAGAAGAUAUGGCUCAGUAUUAAUAUUAUUGCUUAAAACACUGAUUUUUACAACAUAUUUCCGGUUUUUCUAAACUUUUCCGAAAUAAAGCAGAAGCAGUAACUAUCAAUUUUCCAACAAAAUCAUCCAAACGUUUGAUUUUUCUCAAGUUCCCAUCUAGAUUACUAUUUGCUUUGCUUGACUUCUGCACACUUAUAUUUGGUCUUCUAGCAAAAGUUGUCAUUUCAAGUAAAAACGAAUUCUAUUACUUCCUCGAUUAAUUAUUGUAAAGAAGUGUUAACGAUACUACCAUUGAACACAUUGGCAUUUAAUUGAGCACGACGUUGAUUUAUUACCUAGCAUUUAAGUUUUCAAGAAAACACUCAACAUCGUGAGUUGCGCUUUUAAUACUCCCCUAGUUUUGUGAGUAGCUGGGUCUCAUACUAUGCAGAGAUACGAAUCUAAAGUUGAAGCACAUAUUUCUCAAUUUGCUAUAAGAUACUGAAAGUCAGUUUAUAGAAAAGUGCAUGUAGUACUAAAUUCUGAAAAUUUUUCAAAAAUGUUGGCCUUUUAUUGUUUAUAGUCGCAUCAAUAUCUUUGUCCGAUGAAAACUGGUUCUUUUUUUAUCACCAAAUUUCAAAAUAUGCAUAAAUUCUCUAUGAAAAGUGUUCUCAAACACAUAUGCACGUGCCCUUACUGAAUUAUGAAAACAGAAAAAUGAUUAGGAUAGAGUUAGGAUCGUUCUUAUAGUACCUAUGUUUCAGAUCUGAAUUUGCCAAAUAUUAGCCUGCCCAUCUGCAUGCACAUUUCCUUCAAGAUGAAACUAUUUGGCAGUUUAAACAAUAACUUAAUUAAUAUUUGUACAACAGCCCUUGUUUUUACAUUUUUAGUAGAACUUAUUUAACAAAUUUUCUGAGAGAUCAGAAUUGAAACAGUUCAAGGCCAAUUUUCUCUGUUGCAGGUUGAAGGAAUAAUUCGUGAACAACUAAUAUUUAACAUAAUUAACAAUUCAAGAUUAUUUUGAGAAAGAUUUUGAAAAAGGUCACUAAAUUAUUUACUUACUUAAAACCGGCAUUUAUUAUUUUUGACUAAAUAUUUAUGCGGCAGAGUAGUUAUUUUUUUAAAAACUUCUUGUUGGGUAUUUCGCCUCAAAAAUGUUUGUCUUUAAAAAAGACAGAAU